UGUGCCCCCCUCAAGGACCGCCACGACGGCGUCUCGAGCCACAGCUCGCGUCUGUCCCAGCUGGGUUCGGUGUCCCACGCCGGGCCCUACUCCAGCGCGCCGCCCCUCUCCCACGCCCCGUCGUCGGACUUCCAGCCUCCCUACUUCCCACCGCCGUACCAGCCGCUCGCCCACUACCAGAGCCAGGACCCCUACUCGCACGUUAGCGAUCCGUAUUCCCUGAACUCUCUGCACCAGAGCCAGCAGGGCGCAUGGGGGGCGCGGCAGCGGCAGGACGCCGCCGGGGAGCGGAUGGACAGCUCGUCUUUGCUGGCCCAGCCUCGGGCCUCCCUGCCGCAGCUGCCUGGGCUGGACCCACGGCGGGACUACGGUGGGGUGAGGCGGCCGGACGUGCUGCUUCACGCCGCUCAUCCGGGACUGGAACCCGGGAUGGGCGAUGGACUCUUGCACGGACUGCACGGCAUGGAGGACGUGCAGACAAUUGACGACACCAACGGAACCAACAUACUGGAUCAGUCUGUAAUUAAGAAAGGUAAACUAUAUGCAUGUCGCUCCCCUGUCUUAGUACCCAUGCCUCCCAAGAACAUCGGCUCGCUGAUGCUCGGGAAGGACGGCCUGAUCGGCGGAGUCAGCGUCAACAUCAACGAACUGUUUUGUUCGGUUCCGGGUCGGCUGUCCCUACUCAGCUCCACCUCCAAAUACAAAGUCACCGUCGGGGAGGUGCAGAGGAGACUCUCCCCACCCGAGUGCCUCAACGCGUCCUUAUUGGGGGGCGUAUUGAGAAGAGCGAAGUCCAAAAACGGUGGCAAAUGCCUGAGAGAAAAACUGGAGAAGAUUGGACUGAAUUUACCGGCUGGGAGGCGCAAGGCUGCAAAUGUCACGUUGCUGACGUCACUAGUAGAAGGCGAGGCGGUGCACCUCGCCCGGGACUUCGGAUACAUCUGCGAGACGGAGUUCCCCACCAAAGCCGUGAGCGAGUACCUCAACCGGCAGCACGCGGACCCCAACGAGCUGCAUACGCGCAAAAACAUGCUGCUGGCCACCAAACAGCUGUGUAAGGAGUUCACAGACCUGCUGGCCCAGGAUCGGACUCCCCUGGGCAACUCCAGGCCCACCCCUAUCCUGGAGCCCGGCAUCCAGAGCUGCCUCUCUCACUUUUCCUUCAUCACGCACGGCUUCGGUUCGCCCGCUAUCUGCGCUGCCCUCACAGCCCUCCAAAACUACCUCACCGAGGCCCUCAAAGGACUCGACAAGAUGUUUCUCAACAAUCCCCCGAACCGGCACGGGGACAACAAGGCCGGCGAUAAAGAGGAAAAGCAGCGGAAAUGAACCGGAGCUUCAGUCGUGACUUGCAGCUUUCCGCCGCACGCGGGCCUGCAUGAGGACGAAGGGGGCGAAGAAACUCCGGAGACACCGACGGAUUUGCUCAUCUGCGUUCCCUUCUUUCACCGCCCCCAACCCCCGAGGACACGCCGGUUGCGGCGUGGCAUCCCUUUCGCUCC